UUGUCCCUUACCCACGUUAUAAUUGCAUUUAUUAAAUGCAAUAUUGCAUUAUGCACUCUACAGAACGAUCUUGAUCGUGUUGAUGAAAGAAUGCGUCAUCUGGCUAUUCUGAAAAACAUCGAAAUUUAAUAUUUCGCGAAGUGCCGCUAACACUUUACUCACAUGGAUUUACCCCUUCCUUGUCUCGCCUAAUCUUGUUUUCCACUCCAAAAAUUCCCGGUGUAAAGGCCUUGCAAUUUAAUUCUUAAGGAAAUCUCCGCAAAAUCGAACUCUAAUGCAAAAUGUCGAAUGCGCCAGAAAUUUUUCUUAGCACAACGAAACAAGAUUUCAGUUGGUCCAAUGCAAAAUCUCUUGGACCACCGCCACCCCCGAUGGAUCAAUUGUAUCUUCCCAGACCCGAUCCGGAAGAUUGUAGAUGUGACGUUCACAGUUUAGAAAAUAAAAAAGCAAGGUACAAGCAGUUGGCCAAUAAAGAACGUCGGCUUCGUGACGAGCUAGUAAAAGUCGAUCAUGAAAUGGUACAGCUCACGUCAUCGAUGUUAGAUACUCGCGAUAUGGACGAAGCGAUGAAGAGCAUUUACAAAACGGAUUACAAAAAGAGAGGUCUGCCCAUUACGGAAUACAGGCCAUUAUUGGCAGCGCUGGAUGCACCGAUUACGCCGAUAAGCAUCGAUUUAAAAGAUGCUUAUAGAGAUCCGAUUAGAUUUAGAUAUUCUGCUAUGGACAGCUCGACGACUCAACCCGCCAAGACGAUAGAAAAAGUUUCAGAAAUUUGCUCCUUCUGGGAUAUGCCAUUUGCAGGCUGUUCAGAAUACAAAGAUACUAUCAGUAGAAUGGGUUUAAGCAAUAUGAAAAAUCAACAGCAAUAUUUAAAACCUCUUCUUCCAGCGAGAAAACUUGAAGAUUUAUCAAAGGUAAUCUAAAGAAAUAUAUAACGUACAUAAAAAAAUAAAAAAACAUUAUCAGCACAAUAACAUAUUGCAUUUAUAACACAAAUAGAAAAAUGCAAUUUUAUAUUUGCUGUAAUCUUUAUGUACAUAUAUUCGUGUCUGAAAAAAUAUAAAAAUUUAUUGCAAAAUAUUACUAACGGAUACUAUAUGUUUCAUGAAAUGUAUUUAAAAAUGUAUUUAAAAACGAAAAAAUAGAUUUUAAAUUUUUUAGAAGUUAAAUUAAAAUUUCAUUUCUAGAAAUAACACGUAUACCUGCUCAUUGUAAAAUGAAGGAAAUCUAGAAACAUGCGGAUAAGAUACAAAAAUUUUCCCCUUUUAUCUCUUUGAAUAUACAAUUUUUUUAUUUAUCACAUUACGCGGUAAUUGGUUUUAUUAACGAAUUUUACAAGAAUCGUUCACAAGAAGUUUUGCAAACUAUUCUCUCAGAUUGCUUUUUGAGUUUAUUUAAUUAGUUUAUUUCAUUACAAAUUAAUUAUAUGAUCGUUUCGCUAAGCAAUUAUGUGGAUUUAUGUACUUUAAUUGGUCUUCGUACAUAAGUUUACCAUUCUCAAUGGCAAAAAUAUAAUCACUUAUAUUGAUGCAUUCAACUAUUUGUAUCAUAAACAUAAAUUAAAUAUAUUAAUCAAUUACAUAAGCUAAGUACAGUAAAAAAAUCUAGAGAAUAUCUAUUAUAUGUACAAACCUUGUAUAUUAUAUAUUAUCUCAGUUUAAUAAAAAUACCUUCAUAGAGAGAUAAUAACAAUGAACGUUUGUAAUAUAUUACAGUAAUAGAGUUGCAACUUAAUAUCGAUACUUACAUUUUGCUAACAAAACUAAAAAAGUUUCAACUUAUACAGACAUUGAUUAAAAUUACUAUUUCACUAAAAAACACAAGUGUAAACAAUGCAAAUACAUAAAAUAAUAUAGUUGAUAUCGUCCUUAUAUUUUAUAUCACAUGUAAAAAGAUACAUAGUUUUAGAGAAAUUAUAUUACUUCUACUGGCCAUAACUUUAUACAAUAUUGUUAUAUCCAAUAAUAACUUUGUCGUAUUUCCAUUAAUAUUUCUCCGAGUUCUUUACAUAAACGAGAAAGAAAAAAAAAUAGUAAAAUAAUAUAUAAGAAGAUAUUUGUAGAAUAAACAUAACAUUUUCUUUAUAUAUAAUCUAGUCUAUAUUUGUCAUACACGCAAAACAUGCGCGCGUAAUCCUUUUCAC